AUGGAGUUUGUGACAGCCCUGGCAGACCUCCAGGCAGGGGCGAGCUGCCCCAUCUGUCUGGACUACUUGAAAGACCCAGUGACUAUCAUCUGUGGGCAUAACUUCUGUCGGUCCUGUAUUGAUAUGUCCUGGAAGGAUCUAAAUGAUACUUUCCCCUGCCCUUUUUGCAGAUUUUGCUGUUCAGAAAGGAAAUUGAUGCGCAAUCUCCAGCUGGGCAAUUUGAUUGAAAUUGCUAAGCUGCUCCAGAUGAGAAAAAGCAAGAGGAAGAGGCAGGAAGAGAAGCUUAUGUGUGAAAAGCACAAUCAGGUUUUGAUUUUUUUCUGUCAGAAGGACCGAGAGGUUUUAUGUCCACAGUGCAGUUUCUCCACUGAUCACCGGAAUCACUACAUUUGGCCCAUAGAAAAAGCUGCCCCCUAUCACAGGAAAAGAUUGGAGCGUUGCACUGAGCUUUGGAAGGAGAGAAUGGAGCAAGCUGAAAAAGUAAUAACUAUGCAAACCAGAAAAUCAUUGGAACUGAAGAAGAAAGUGGAAUAUAGGAGAGAAGAAAUAAAGGCUGAAUUUGAGCAACUUGUGUUGUUUCUCCAAAAUGAGCAAAAGACUGUUCUUCGGCAAUUACAAGAUGAAGAAAUGGAUAUUUUAACAAAACUAAAUGAAAAUCUAACAAAAUUUUCAGAUCAUGUUUCCAUAUUAAAAUAUCUAUUAAAGGAGAUAGAGAGCAAAUAUGUGAAGUCAGAACUGGAAUUACUGGCAGAUGUUAAAAAUAUCUACCAUAGGUAUAGAACCAUAGAGUCUCCUGAACCUUUUUCAUUCCAGUUGAAAGAAUAUGGUUACAGUCUUCCUCCACAGUAUUCUGGCCUAAACAAAAUUAUCAAGCAGUUUCAAGUAGAUGUAGUUCUAGAUCCUGAAACAGCACAUCGUAAACUUAUUGUCUCAGAAGAUAGGAAAACUGUGCAUUAUGGAAGUAAAAUGAAAAGCUUAUCUCGUAACCCGAGGAAAUUUUAUCUCUGCCCAGCUGUUCUGGGUUCUCAGGGCUAUAGUGCUGGCAGGCAUUAUUGGGAGGUAGAAGUGAAAGACAAGCCUGAAUGGAUCGUGGGUGUCUGUGAAGACUCGCUUCCCAGAAGGAGAAAGAGUCAGAAUCAGUGGAUUUUAGUACAGGAUGGAUUAUGGGGUAUUGGACGAUGCAGUCAGAGUAAUUAUGUUGCAUUGGGCCCUAAAAAAAUUAAUCUUCUGCCAAGAGUAACACCCAGUAAGAUUGGCGUGUUUUUGGACUAUGAUUUGGGUGAGGUUUCCUUUUACAAUUUGAGUGAUAGAGCUCUUCUCUAUAUUUUUAGUGAUUGUUUUACAGAAGCACUUUGGCCUUAUUUCUAUACUGGAACUGACUCUAAACCUCUUAAAAUCUGUACAGUAGCAGAUUCUGAAUGA